GUUUCCCGCGUCAGAAGCCGCUUUUAUGCAGCGUGUCCCGGUCAGAAUCGGGAGUUUUACCCCGUAAGGAGGCUGAAGGCCGCCGCAAGCUCGCGGUGUGACGUCACGGCUAACAUUAGCACGUGAAAAGUCCCCGGUUAGCAUCAGUAGCCGCUAACAUCCAGCUCUCGCGGUUUAACCCAUCAUUGUGCGGUAUUUUUAACCCGGGUUAAAGAGACAAACGGGCCGGGACUUAGGUUGUGCUGAAACACACUUUUUGUAAAUUAGACGUUAAAUUCAACAAAGCAAGUUAACAGUAUUAAACAGGAUUUCCAGCUGUUUUCAGUGACGUCACCUAAAAAAAGCUAUUCCAAGAAAUUUCUACAUUGAUAUAUAACCUGCUUAUACUUUUUAGUAUUUGCUCUACCUUUAUUUUUACUUUUAGAAUCAACAAAUAAUAUAUAUGUUAUUAUUGCGCCACAUUCUCCUUAAAUUAUAAUAUUCAAGUAAGUUUCGAUUUAUUAUUUGUUUGUUUGCGUCUGGAAUGUUUUUCAUGAUGAAGCUUUUUUUUAUUGACCUUCGUUUGCUCCUUUCAGCCAGCAUUCAGGGUUUUCUGGAGAAUUGUAUCCCUAAAGUCUCUUUAACGCCUCUGUCAGAAUGAAUCAGUCAGUAUUGAUGACAAAGAGGUUCCAUUUAUAUUUAUGUGAUCCGCCUGUAUGAUGGAGGGUCAGGGUCACCAUAAAAACAAACAAAUAAAUAGAAAUAUGGGAAUACAGUCGUAAAACUGUAAGAAAAAAGUCACAAUCUUUGAAAAUAAACUUCUAAAAAUAUGAGUAAAACAGUCAAUUUUGACAAGAAUGAAGUUAUAAUUUUGUAAUCUGAGAAUUUAAUAGAUUAUAGACAUACAUUUCUAAGAAAAUAGAAAACUUUAUUUUCCUUUUUCUCAUAAUUUUACAAGUUUAUUCUUUCUUUCUACUUUUACGGCUUUGUUGUCAUUAGCUGGUUGUUAUUUGCACACAUGCACCCACGCACAAAAACUGCACAUUGCUGCAUCACCUUCACGUAUUUUAACCCUCAUUUCAUGUCUCUUCCUUCUCAAAUUCAUGAGUUUCUUCUUUUAAAAGUAAGACCUUUUUCUUAUGAUGUUACGAUUUCAUUCUUGUAAAUGUUUGACUUUUAUCUUAAUGAGUUUAUGCUUGUAAAAUUGCGACAUUUUCCUCAUACUUUUAUAUAUUUUUCUUUAUGGUGGUCCUAAUAAUUAUUAAGCUAAAUGUUUUUAAUGUACAUCAUGGAAAAAAAAGCAACGAGCGAUAAAAAAGAUAAAUUACAGCAAAACCAAAUGGAAUGUGUGUUUUUUUUUUUUUUUGCAUUCCUAUCAUUUAUUUGAAAGGAUUUCUGUUAAAUAUGCAGAUGACGCCCCGUUAAUGUAAACCAUUUAAAAAUCGAGGUCAUUUAAGGUCAGGACUGAUGGAGCAGAACCGCAGGUCCCGGUUCUCCAGCAGGUGAACCAAAGGGGAUUCUGGGAGCUGUCUACUUCCUGGCACUUCAGUGCUGCAAAGUUUCUGGGAAUUUCUCCUCCGUUUGGCUGAGCUUCAGAAUAUUUAGUAAUGAUGGGCGAGACGUGUUGAGACAUUAUGGGAUGUUUGAGCGUGAGAUGAUCGCACUGAAGCUCACCGCAUCAACCCACAUGUUUGCGUAAACGUUUGACCCGUCGACUCAGCAAACGCAGGGGCUUUUUUUGGGACGUGCUGCGCGCCGGGACCCCGGGGCGGGGCCAAACACGGAGGCAUAAAUAGGUUGAGUUCUCCUCGCCGGCCACAUGAGCUGCAGACAUGAAGCUCGCCGCCUCCCCGCUCCUCCUGCUGGUCCUGCUGGCCGCUGCGGGCCAGAACCAAGCCCAGCUCGGGCGCUCCCUCCUGGACCUGUCCAGCUUCCUGCCCGCCCUCAGCAGACCCGCCAACCACAGCCGCAUCUUCCACGCAGUGAUGUUCGAUGCUGGGAGCACGGGGACGCGCAUCCACGUGUACACCUUCAUCCAGGGGGACUCGGAGCCGCUUCCUGUUCUGGACAAUGAGAUGUUCCACUCCGUGAAGCCCGGUCUGUCGGCGUACGCCGACGCCCCCGAAGUGGCCGGCCACACGGUCAGGAUGUUGCUGAAGGUGGCGAAGAAGACGGUGCCUCGUGUGGACUGGAAGAGGACGCCGCUGGUGCUCCGAGCCACGGCGGGACUGCGGCUGCUCCCCGCAGAGCGGGCGCAGGCUCUCCUGGACCAGAUCCAGCUCGUCUUUGACGAAUCUCCGUUCUUUGUCCCCGACGACGGCGUGAGCAUCAUGAACGGCACAGACGAAGGAAUCCUGGCCUGGGUGUCUCUGAACUUCCUGACAGGUCAUCUGAAAGCACAAUCCAAGAAAACGGUGGGGAUUCUGGAUCUAGGAGGCGGAUCCACACAGAUCACCUUCCUGCCCACAGUCAGGAAAACCAUUGAAGAUGCUCCUGCUGCAGAUUUUGUUGCCAGGUUGGACUUUCUGAACACGACGUUUGAACUUUACUCUCACAGUUAUCUGGGAAGCGGGAUCAUGGCGGCGCGGCUCUCCACGCUGGGCGCUCUGACCACAGACGAGUCGGAGUGGCGCGUUUUCCGGAGCUCCUGCCUCCCCGGCAAGUUCAGGGAUGAAUGGAGCUUCGGAGGGCUGGUCUACCGAGUGAGCGGAGAGCCGGGCGGCCCAGAGGGAUACAAACCUUGUUAUCAGGAAGUCCUGAAGGCGGUGAAGGGGAUCAUCCAUCAGCCAUACCAGCUGGAAAGCGGCGGCGUUUUCUACGCCUUCUCUUAUUACUACGACAGAGCCGUGGACGCCGGCCUCAUCGAUGGACUGACAGGAGGGACGGUGCAGGUCAGAGACUUCCGGAAGAGAGCCAAAGAGGUCUGCAGCGACAUGACCAAGAACCCCCCCGCCAGCCCCUUCCUGUGCAUGGACCUGACCUACAUCACCUGUCUGCUGAAGGACGGCUUCGGCUUCAAGGAUAGCGCCGCCCUGCAGUUGACCAAGAAGGUGAACAACGUGGAGGCCAGCUGGGCUCUUGGCGCCGCUUUGGACCGUUUCCACGAGCUGAAGAUCCACUGAGAAGAUGCUGAGUCAUGUGGUUUGUCUUUAAGGAAUGGUCAAGGCUGAACUCGUUAUUUAUAGUAUUUAUACACAAAACUGGCAGUUUUUCUCAUAGCAUCUAUAUACACACUGUGUGUCUGGUACAGUUAAAUGUCAUUGAGGUUUUUCUUCAUCGAUUACGUUUCUCUUAAA